AUGUUUUCAGAAGACCAUGGCACCUCCGGAGCUGCCAGCGGCUCCCAAGAGCAGCAGGUUUCGCAUCCAGAGGGCACUUCUCCCCAGGAUUCUCAACAAUUCCCUGACGCCUCGUCGACCUCGGAUCUCGUCAGUCGCCUUGAAAUAUUAUCUACUCGUAUUCCAAAUUACUAUAUUGCUCCUUUCUGUGGGGCUAGUGCGGGUGUAGCGUCGGGGAUCGUGACAUGCCCUCUCGAUGUGAUCAAGACCAAACUGCAGGCACAGGGUGGAUUUGCACGCAGAGGGGGAAAUGCGGUGGAAGCAAAAACAUUGUAUCGUGGUAUGCUGGGAACCGGAAAGAUAAUAUGGAAAGCGGAUGGUAUUCGAGGUCUUUACCAGGGACUGGGUCCUAUGCUGCUGGGAUAUCUGCCUACAUGGGCCGUCUAUCUAGCGGUUUAUGAUCGAUCCCGAGAAUAUUACCACGAAACCACAGAUAGUUGGUGGCUUGCACGAGGUUAUGCAUCUAUUACGGCCGGCGCAUGUUCGACGAUAGCGACGAAUCCCAUCUGGGUCAUCAAAACUCGACUCAUGUCACAGAGUCUCAAAUCCAGCACCGAAGGGUAUAGAGCCCCAUGGCAGUAUUCCAGUACAUGGGAUGCGGCCCGCAAAAUGUACAAAACCGAAGGAAUUCGCUCAUUUUACUCCGGUCUCUCGCCGGCUUUGUUGGGACUGGCCCACGUGGCCAUUCAGUUCCCGCUUUAUGAAUAUUUGAAGAUGGGCUUUACAGGGUAUGGAAUUGGAGAGCAUCCCGAUAAUGGCAGCUCUCACUGGAUGGGGAUUCUGUGUGCCACGUUCAUGAGUAAAAUCUGUGCUAGCACCGUGACAUAUCCGCAUGAAGUGCUACGAACGAGACUCCAGACCCAACAGAGAACAGCCCCUGCGCCUUCACCCGAGGAGAUAACUUUCCGUGGAGGCUUGGACCAUCCCCAAGGCCGUGGACGGGCGCCUGCGUCGUCGGAUGGCAUGCCCAACCGACCCCGAUAUACGGGGAUUAUCCGUACCUGUCAGACGAUCUUGAAGGAAGAAGGAUGGCGGGCAUUCUACUCUGGAAUCGGCACGAAUCUAUUCCGUGCCGUUCCCGCGGCGAUGACCACGAUGCUUACAUAUGAAUACCUGCGAAAACUCAUCCACACAUUACAGCAUGAUGGAGAAUUAAAACUACAGCAGAUGAAGGAGGAAACCAAAGGGAUCUGA